AUGGCUUCCGAUAAGGACAUCCCAUCAGCUCGGAGCGACGAGAAGACCAGUCUCGGUCCCUAUGAUGAGGACGUGGGCGUUGUCGAGGUCAGGGGGAAUAAAGAUGCCCUGCAGCGGCACCUUGGCAACCGCCAGAUUCAGAUGAUUGCUAUUGGAGGCUCAAUCGGAACGGCACUGUUUGUCUCGAUUGGCAAUGGCUUGAUGGACGGCGGGCCAGGCUCGCUGCUUAUCGCAUUUGCCCUGUACUCGGCAUUGCUUGGGUUGGUAAACAACUGCAUGGCCGAGAUGGCCGUGUAUAUGCCCAUCUCAGGCUCCUUUAUCCGUUUUGCGGGCAAAUGGGUCGAUGAAGCCUUCGGUUUCAUGACGGGUUGGAACUUCUUCCUAUACGAAGCCACUAUGAUUCCAUUCGAGAUAUCUGCCAUCAACCUCGUACUGACAUUCUGGCGGGAUGACAUUCCUGUGGCAGCCGUUUGUGCAGCCUGUAUCGUCCUUUACGCCCUGAUCAACAUCUUUGCCGUCAAGUUCUAUGGCGAGGCCGAGUUCUGGCUUUCCAGCGGCAAAUUCUUGCUCAUCAUCAUCGUCUUUUGCUUCACCUUCGUCACAAUGUGCGGAGGCAACCCCCAGCACGACGCCUUCGGCUUUCGGUACUGGGCGAACCCGGGCUCGUUUGCAGAGCACAUUCACACUGGCUCAUUGGGCCGCUUCCAGGGUUUUCUCGGUGCGCUGUGGUCUGCGGCCUUCACCAUUGUUGGCCCGGAGUACCUGGCCAUGGUCGCUGGCGAGGCACAGCGCCCCCGGACUUAUCUGAAGCAGGCUUUCAAGACGGUCUACUGGCGCUUCGGCGUCUUCUUUAUCGGUGGAGCUCUCUGCGUCGGUAUUAUCCUGCCGUAUAACGACCCAACCCUCAACGCCGGCGAUGGCGCCGGCACCGCGGCAGCCAGCCCGUACGUGAUUGCGAUGCGUAACAUGCAGGUUUCUGUGCUCCCACACCUUGUCAACGCCCUUUUGGUCACCAGCAUUUUCUCAGCCGGAAACGCAUAUGUGUACUGCUCCAUGCGGUCCCUCUACGGGCUUGCGCUAGAGGGACAGGCGCCGCGCUUCCUGGCCAAGUGCACGCGCUCUGGAAUUCCUGUGUGGUGCUUCGCCGUCACCAUGAUAUUCCCUUUCCUCUCCUUCCUCGCGGUCUCGAACGGCACCGCGCAGGCUGUGCAGUGGCUGGCCAACCUUACUGAGGCAGCACAAAUUAUCGAUUACAUCGUCAUGUGCCUGACCUACAUCUACUUCUACCGCGCCCUGAAGGUCCAGGGCGUCGACCGCAACACACUCCCCUACACGGGCUGGUUCCAGCCCUACAGCGCGUGGAUCGGCCUGGUCGGCGAGAUCUUUGUCGUCUUCUGCUACGGCUACGAGACAUUCCUUCCUGGGAACUGGGACGUCGGCACCUUCUUCAGCUACUACCUCAUGGUGUUUGUUGCUGUGAUAACGUACACGGCGUGGAAGAUAAUCAAGAGGACCAAGGUCGUGAGGCCCGAGGAGGCGGACCUGGUGUGGGACAAGCCUGUCAUUGAUGCUUAUGAGGACGCGCUCAAGACGAAGCCCGAGGGGUUCUGGAACGAGGUGUUGCAGUUGGUCCGGCUGAAGAAGAAGAAAAACGAGCCCGUUGUGGACGAGUGA